ACCUGUGAAUUAUAAUGCGUCCGUCUUAUGUUUCGCGCAGUGAAACAGUUGUUUGUUUUUCUAAAAAUAUCUGCAGAAAUUUUACUCCCGUUAUGAUUGAGAAAAGUAAUUCGAUAGCCAACAUUUUAGAUAGCAUAAUUUCGAAAGUCGAAGCAGAACUAGAGCAAGAGUUACACGUGAAUCAAUCGGAGCUCGAGGAUGUUACAACGUCAGGCAAAAGAAAUGAAUUAUCACGCGAUUCGAUAGAAGACAUAAAUUGUCGUAUUUGUUACGAUCCUAAUCAAGAAUUACCUGUUAUAUACCCAUGCAAGUGUAAGGGUACGAUGGGCGCGAUUCAUCUGAAAUGUUUGGAACGGUGGUUAGAAGAGAGCAACAGGAAUAAGUGUGAAUUGUGCGGUCAUGAGUUCCGGAUGGAACGAACGCCUCGUUAUAAGGUUCUUCGGUCCAUCGUGGUCUGGUUGUGCCUGAAUCAGAACGAGCAACAGAUAUAUGUCCGCAAUGUGAAGGCCGAUCUGCUAAGAUGUCUUAUAAUCACCCCAGUGACCAUCGCGUGUUCUUACAUCUGCGUAGUGGCUGCCGAUUUUUACGCUAUGAGUAACUACGAUAAUUUUCCACCCGCGCGAUGGACCACCUACUCCUUGCUGUCAAUGAUGGCGCUACUAAUCCUGUCGUUCUUCAUUUGGAUCUACAUGACGCUACAAUAUCAUCAAAAAGCAUGGUUUUACUGGUGGCAGAAAACCAGUAGUGUAAAAAUCGUUGAUUUAAUUCCGGGAAAUACUGCUUUAAUUAGAAACGAUAAACGCAACGUGACGCAAGUCUGAUGAAGGGAUGCCUGCAAGGAU